AUGAUGCAUUAUAACGUGGUAUUCCUUGUACUGUUUACAAUUGUACUAUACACAUAUGCUGAAGUUAGCGAUACAGACUUAAAUGAUUUGUCUGAGCAACAAAAUUCUGUACAAAUCAACAAAUGUUGUGAAGAAAACGAAAUUGCUGUUGACUCAGUGUGUCGUUUAGCGGAAAAAUACAAUGAAACUCUUUGGAAUCCAAUAUUUAAGACUGAAAAUGGAGAGGAAGUUAAACUUAAGUAUUUUAGAUUUAUACAUGGGGUACCAAAUUGUGAAACAACUGAACUGAGACCAAUAUUUGACUUAGGAAAAUCUGAAGACAAAUUGAAUCUCCUGUCAGAUGGACGAUUAAAGCACUUAAUACAUCAUCAAGUAAAUUCAGAAUCAAUUAAAAAUGACCCUUUAGUUACAAGUACAUUUAACUUGCAUGACAUCAUUUCAAUGCCUGAUUCAAAAGAACCAUCGUCAUACAUUCAUAAUCAAAAUAAAUAUUGUAUGGAUAAGAUUUUAAUUACAAAUUCCAAUACAACAGGUCAAUAUGCACUUGUUUGUGUUCCAGUAGUGAAAAUAAAUUGGAAGGACUCUGAUUUCUUAAUGAAAAAGAUACUUAACCCUAUAUUUCAUGCUAUAGCAAUGAUUUUGUAUUUGACAGUUGCUAUAAUUUAUUUUGUAUUACCAACUCUAAGGGAUUUGGCUGGAAAUAUCAUAACUACAAUAAAUGUUUGUCUUAUUGUGAGCCAAGCGGCAGAUUUUGUAAGAAUAUUUACAGAAUUAAGUAAUCAUGUCAGUUUUAUGGUGACAGAUAUAAUUUUAUAUAUAAGCUUAUUAGGAGCCUUCUUCUGGUUAAAUAGUUUUGGCUUUUAUAUAUGGAAAACAUUCAAAUCAAGAAAUGUGUUUCUAAGAGUAACAGAUGUGCGCAAAUAUUGUUACUAUUCAAGUGUGGUCUGGUCAAGUGUAGCACUAAUGGCAGGGAUGGCAAUAUGUGCACAUUUUCUUUUGGAUACAGGAACUAAUCCAUAUAGAAAAAUGAAAAAACAGUUUUCAUCUUCAAUACUUGUUGAUGAUGUGGAACAAGAAACUAUAGGCUGGCUUGGCAUAGCUAUAUUUUUUACCCCAGUUGCAUUUACCAUAAUAUUCAAUUUAUUCUUCUAUAUCACAACAUUGAAGGUAAUUAAGAGAAUAAAUAUUUAUGGAAGGAUACAUUACAAGUUAAAAGGAUGUUUCGAUUUAUUCUUGCAAAUGUUUUUAAUAAUGACAAUAUCAUGGUUGUUUCUACUAUUAUCAUGGUUGAACUUUGAUGCGCUGCUGUAUGCACAUAUAGUAGUGAAUUUAUUGCAAGCCAUCUUCAUAUUCUACACUUGUGUGGUAAGACAGUCUCAUGUAACAUUUUUACUUAGGAAAAGUUGUUGUUAUGCUCAGCCUGUACCUACCGGGGAGUGGGGCGAUGAAAUGACUCAUAUGAAUGGUGGGAAUUAUUAG